AUGUCUGAUCUCAAGCCCAAGAUUGAGAUCUCGUUCGCGGGAACGUUCGCCAGCAAUGCUUUCGCCGCCUAUGUUGCAGAGAGUAUUGCAGUGGCCUUCAUGUUUCAGUCCCCUCCGCUUCUUUGGGCCAUGCUUCUUAAGUUCCCGUUUGGAAGUGCAUAUUCAGUUGAUAGGCCAAUUAAAUGUUUUGAGAGAGCAGCUGAAAGGUGUCACACGGAUUCACUAUCCAGUAUAGUUGCAUCAUGUUCUUGGGGUAAACAUGUCGCCGUUGGCACAGGAACACCUUUCCAAAUUAUGUGGAGCAAGAAAGAAGUUAGUUUUCUUCCCUUUACCAUUGUUGUUUGAUUGU